UGUGUAUCAUGAGGAGAGGACAGCAGAAGACUCUGUUAGGGUUACAAGAAAGCACAGUUAAAGAGGGCUGGUGUCUUGCUGCUGUGCAUACCAGCUGUGACUAAAUAGCCAGUGUGCUGUUUGGGGAGGCUUUGUAACACUUAGACAAAGUGAAAAAAAAUUAAAAAUCAGUGGUUGUAUAUAUAGACUUAAUUUUGCCCCUUUGUGUAAGGGACACUGAUUUUUCUCUUAAUGGCUUUCUUCUGUGAACCAAACCCCGUAUUUUACCUAUGUGGAAGAGCUUGAUGUGGGUCAGCAUUUAUAAAUGGCAUGGCAGCAGUUCUGUACAGGGAGAGUGUCAGUUAUUAAGAGAGCAAGAGAGACCACCAGCAGCACCCUUCCCGUGUUCUUCAGCCAGUGCUAAACACUUGUUUCCACAUCCAAAGCCAGUCUUUGAGUUGUUGCCUGCGUAUCUGAAGAUGAGGGCUUCCUCUCAGUGCAGUGCUUUGUGACUGUGGAGCUUAGUAGGAAUUGCAAUAAAUAAUUUGCAAUAUAGCCUUUGGAAAUCAAAAUUACUCUAAAGGCCUGCACCUUGUGGCUUUCUUUGCUGUGCUGCUGGCACAAAAGCUGUCUUUGCACCAUUUUCUCCAUUAACUCCAUCUGCACAUUGUGGUAGAUCUGGGCCUAAUGUAGCAGAAAGUAAACAGUUGGUUUUGUCAUGGUGUGUCCCAGCAAGAUUGAUUGCCUAGAUGCAGUUCACCAUGAGCAGCUGUGCUGAACCCCUAAAAGUAGAAGAUGGGGCAAUACUCACAGCAGUUGAAGUAAUUAACACAGUUGCAGAAUGUUCUGCCGUAGCAGCAGUGUGUUCUCAUUCAGGAGUCAGCUAUCACCUGUGCUUGCUUAUUUUCAAAUUGCAGUAAAUAACAAAGUCUUUGUUUAUUGUCCUUGUAGCUGGCUCCCUUCUCCUGCCUAAGCCUCAAGUUAGACUUGUGCAGUGACUGAGGUCAGAGGUGUUGCAGAAAUGCUGCGUGCUUUGCAGCUGAACAAUUUAAUUGCAUCCGUGGUUAGGGAUUACCUCUUCAUCAUAGGGAGGCCUUUCUGUUGCUCACCUGCAAAAUCUGGACCUGGGUUUGUAGAGAUGUCAUCUGUAAUGCUUUCCUGGUGGGAGAAUGUGGCCUGGGAAAUGAAAAUACAACUGAGUAUGGGUUGGGUUUUUUUUUAAUACCAGCUUCUAGUAAGAUCAGUGAUGUUUCUAGUACUGUCAUGGUUUCAAAAGUAGUAUACAUUGAAAGUCUUAAAAGGCUUGAAAAAAUAUUUCGGACUGUUAACCAAUACAGAAACUUGAGUUGAGAGUUCUGUAGAGAGUCCCAUAAUAGUUGUCAAAAAAGCAAGAUUAUUCUGUGUAAAUACAGACCAAUUGCACAGUGGCUUGCUUCUCCACUUAACAGGGAGGAUGUAAACCUUUAUAACACUGACAAGUUAGAAUUCUCAGUUUUUCUUGUGAUAUCUAGGUUUUUCUUUUUAAGAUAUUCAGAUUAAUUUUUGAUAAUAUGCACAAGUGUCACCUGUUAGAGUGCUCAUACAGCCUUUGAGGAUUAAAUGUGAUCAGGUAAAACCAUGCAGAAAGUCCACAACAACACCAGUAGUAAUGCUUUAGUAAACAGUAAUUUACCAAAGGUGACUUUAAAAUGUAUCUGCACAAAGCCUGUAACUUUUAGGUGCAUAUAAAUCUAAUCCCUCAUUGUGCAAAUUGGAAUUGGCAUCAUGGUUCUUUUGUAUUUUUGCUUAAUGGCAUUUAUUGUCAUAAACACAAUUCUUGUAAAUUUAACUCUGGUUUCUUUAGUCUACAACAGUGACGUUUCAGUUAUCUGUAAUUUGAAAAGUGCUUGUUUGAGAAGGUAAUCAUACAUAGGUGGGAAUCAAAACUUUAUUUAAAUGAAACUAUUAUCUCAAGGAGUUACAAGCAUAGUGGUAUAGUUCCUCAAAAUUCUGGAAAGUUCAUAAUUGCUCCUAAAAUUCAGUGUAGACUGAAAGGUAUUUAUUUUGCAUUAUUUGCAGACAGAUAGCAUGUAAGUUUAAUUCAACUUUAGACUUGCUCUUGUUGCUGGGUAUUUCUGCUGUAGAAGUCAGUGACCUGCUUUGCUUGAAGUCAGUGUAACAUUGAACUGCAGUAUUGUGAACACAGUUGCUUGCUCAUUGCAUUUUUCUAAAUGAUACAGGAUAGAUGUACCUUUCAUGCUGUUUUAUAAUUGAGAAUAUUUAUCACGAGCUUUUGAAUUUCAAAUAACAUAUCUGAGUGAGUAUGGAGCUUCCUCUAAGUGGAGUAUGUUGCACAUCUUGUAAAUUUUUUGAGAUAAACACUUUUCUAAAGUAUUUUCUUAAGUAUUGCUUUUGAAAGCAAUUUUGAAUAAUUACAUUUCACACAGCAUAUAAAAUACCAAACUUAUUUCAAAGAAAUGCAUAAAAAUAGCAAAUGAAAUCAAGCUGUGUUUCAUUUACUGGUACUACCUGCAGGUGUAGAGGUACAUUGGAAACUUUUUGAUGGAAAAUGUGUCCUUUUGGCAGCUUUGUAAAGAUUAUUUUGAAUUUUGAGGAGAUAGAGGGGAGCAUUAAAUAAGGGAUGUUGGUAGAGUGCCUGAAUUGUGAAAGAGAAAUGCAGACUUUGUAUGUGAAUUAAUGGCACUUUUUCCUUAGAUAAAUUGUCUUUCCCUUUUGAAAUAUUCUAUAGUCAAGGUUAAACUUGAGUUUAGAAGCCAUUUAUUAUCUUGUUUCUUGAAGUUUAAAACCUGUUCCUGUAUAGGACAUUGGUGUUAAGAAGGUGUGAGUGUGUGACGUGCAGAUGUAAGUGUGCUGUAACAUGACUGUUGUUAGUGGCCUUCACCUGCCAGUUGUCCUUCAUUCUGUAUAGUGGAUGUAAGGCAGAAAAGUUUUAACUCUUUGAGAUUUUUAUUAGAGGUUUGUUUCUCUUGUCCUCUGUGCUGUUCAUCAGAUAACCUGUAUGUAUGACAUCCUUUGCAGUCACUAGGCAUACCAGUAGUGCAUCCAGUACUUUUUCUUUGAAGACCUCUCUUUGACCAUUGGUACAUUAAAUUAUUUUUGGAAUACUGAAUGUGUCUUAAAUUUUCAGCUGAUAUAAAAUUCUGUGCUUUGUUGAACCAGGGGCUCAGUAUACAUGCAGAAUGUGGAGGCCUUUUGUGUAGCAGUGUUGGGGGAGACUAGAGGCUUUUUGUUCUUUGAAUCAUCGGAACUGUUCUCCCCAGCAGUUUUGGGAAAUUUUCUUGUCAGAGUGCCUAAGAACUGACAGAUUAUAUGUGGAAACCACUCCCAACCCCCAACCUGCAGAAGAGGAGAAAACCGAGCCAGCACCUAGUCAGGAGGUUGCCAGCCCUGAACAGUAUAUUAAACAUCCACUACAAAACAGAUGUUUUUAUUUUGUUCUCCUUCAGAUGGGCACUCUGGUUUUUUAAAAAUGACAAGAGCAAAACUUGGCAAGCAAAUCUUCGUCUUAUCUCAAAGUUCGAUACCGUUGAGGAUUUUUGGGCUUUAUACAACCAUAUCCAGCUCUCUAGUAAUUUAAUGCCUGGUUGUGACUACUCGCUCUUUAAGGAUGGGAUUGAGCCCAUGUGGGAAGAUGAAAAGAACAAGCGCGGAGGCCGAUGGCUAAUUACACUAAACAAGCAGCAGAGACGAAGUGACCUUGAUCGCUUCUGGCUAGAAACACUGCUGUGCCUUAUUGGGGAGUCAUUCGAUGACUACAGUGAUGAUGUGUGUGGUGCUGUUGUUAAUGUUAGAACUAAGGGUGAUAAAAUAGCAAUAUGGACAACUGAAUGUGAAAACAGGGAUGCUGUUACGCAUAUAGGGAGAGUAUACAAGGAAAGAUUAGGACUUCCUCCAAAGAUAGUGAUUGGUUAUCAGUCCCAUGCAGACACAGCUACUAAGAGCGGCUCCACCACUAAAAAUAGGUUUGUUGUUUAAGACGACACCUUCUGAGUAUUCUUUCAUAGGAGACUGCGUCAAGCAAUCGAGAUUGGGAGCUGAACCAAAGCCUCUUCAAAAGCAGAGUGGACUACAUUUAAAUUUGAUUUCCAUCUAAAUGUUGCUAAGAUUUGUGAGAAGUCUCAUUCGCCUUUGUCUUGUACUUCUAUGUUCAAUUUUUCUAUUUUGGCCGAAGUAACUGUUACCAAUCGGAAUUUUAGUACACUUCACCCCCCCAAAUCCAUAAGUGUGUUUCUGGCCCACUCUGUAAUAGCUUGGUAGAAACAUUACUAUUGCAAAAAAUAAUUUGUUUAUCCACAGUAUUCAGAAAAGAAGUUGCAUUUCUGUACCUGCAGGAAAUUACUCUGUUUUACAUUUGCAUUGUAUGCAGUAAGAUUUUGCUGGUUUGGAAAAGAGUAUGGUGCAUACAGUUUUCUAGCAAUUUUUUUAUACAGCAUCAUCUUUGCUGUAACCUCUGCUGAUGGCUGCUAGAUUAAUUUAUUUGUUUUCCCUAUUUGAUAACAUUAGUGAUAUUUUGAUUUCAGUUGUUUUUGCUCAUGUAACACUUGGUGAAGAAUCUGGGAGUAUGACAAAGGUGGAAUAAACAUGAAUUUUGUGCAUUCUUUGGUAAUUUUUUGGUUUUUUUGUAACAUCAGAGCUUUGCUACGGAUUUAUGCAUUUCAGUCAAAUCAGUGAUCUUUUUGUGUGAUUUCCUGAACAUAAAUGUGGAUUUUUUUUUUUAAUGUAACACCAUAAUUUACAUUCCUUACUAGAAAUAGUAUGUCUGUUUUUGUAUCUUAUGCUGUAUUUUAACACUUUGUAUUACUUAGGUUAUUUUGCUUUGGUUAAAAUGGCUCAAGUAGAAAAGCGGUCCCAUUCAUACUAAGACAGUGUACAAAACUGUAAAUAAAAUGUGUACAGUGAAUUGUCUUUUAGACAACUAGAUUUGUCCUUUUAUUUCUCCAUCUAUACAGCAAGUAUUUGUACCUCUUGUGACAAGGCAGUCUCUACUGUGGCUUCUAUUGUAGUGUCUUCCAAGAAGGAUAAAGUCUGGAGCUAUAGUCUGUUGAAACUUUUAAUAAACCUAUUAGAUAGCACCCUAAAUCAAAGUGGAAUUCUAUCCAUGUGGCUACUGUUCUUUCUUAGUGGUUGGUCUGAUUGAUCAUGGUUUGUGUUGUUUCUCUUUUGACUUCUGUUUUAUGCCCAACCAAGAAUUUUAAGAGUACACAGAAAGCUGUUUAGUUCAGGUAGGAGCUACAGUAAAAGUGCUUCAGUGAGUGAUUCUGCUCUAAGGAUAUAAUGCAUAAAGUACAAGUAGAGCAUCCCAGAGACAUGGCUACAAAAAAAAGUAUGAGUAUCUAGAUAGCUUGCUAUUACAUAUGUCUGAGUAGUUGGAGCUUUGUUUCAUUGUUUGUAAGUUACUUCAGAGAGCUGUUAGUUUACUUGGAAGCUCACAGGAUGGAGGAGAUUUUGAGGGUCAAGUUCACUUAUUUUGAGCAGAAGAUGAGGGGCUUGCUCUUUCCACCUCUUAGAGCAUGCAGCAAAAUCAGUGCUUUAUUGCUGAUUUCUUGCUUUUUUUUUAUAAGUGAGUGAUGUACUUA